CCACAUGCAACGUCGUCGCUUAGGCUCCGUUGGCGAUUCGGCGCCACCAUCCGAAUCCUCGGAGGGCACUAACUCUUCCGAGCAGAAUGAGCUGAUGAUUAAUCCCGAUUGGUCGGCGGCGCAUUCACACACCUCGUCGGUACACACAAACACGCGCACCGCCACAUCGACCACCAAUACAGUUAACAAUCACAGCAAUUCGUAUUUUAUUGGCUCCGACGUGGAUGCCGACACACUGAGCAUCGAUACUACGAGCAAUUCAAAUCUCUCCGAAUAUGAACGCGUUCAAAUGGAGAGUUUCUUCGGCGGCCUGGGCACUGAAAUUUUCGUAUGCUCCUCUCUGGCCAACCUCUACGAAGGCACCGGCAAGGAGGGAGAUUGGCGUCUCGUCUUCACCGGCAUACCAGUCGUGCUGCAUGAUCGCGGCAGUGCUCGCGCACGCUCCAUACCGCGCGUCACACUUGUGCUGGCCGAACGUGGCUCCUCCUUUGCACUCUGGUCGGAUCGCAUCGAUAAUCUGUCAAAUUAUCGGGUCGCCGGUCCAUCCUUUCACACGAUGUGCCUGUCACAGAACCACCAACAGCUAAUCGGAUUUAGUUUCGAUUCAACCGAUUCGGCAAGAGAGCUGCACCACCACAUAGAGAAACUGGUGAGUAAUCCGGAGAAUAUAGCGCUCUCGCUGCCGGGCAAGAAGAAGCAGAAACAGAAGCGCGUGAAGCCAGCUCCGUUGCCGCCCAAAUCGCAAAUUUCGCAGCCAUGUCAAUUCCAGCACGUGACGAGUGUUACGAAGGACGACACCGAUCGGUACUACAGCAUGCAAGCGUUUGCGCCGUCGGUGAAGCAUCGCUAAAGGCGGUGGGAGAGGGAAGUAUGUAGUUGUAGGGGGGUGAAGGGUGCAAUGUAGUAGCCAUAAUUAUAUACGUCUAAGUGUGUAGGGAUGUACGAUGUAUGCUGUUUAGUAGAUUUUUUAAGCGAAAUGUAACGACGUCAAUUCGUCAGCUUAGUCAUUAAGUUACAUUUAAAUAAUCGACAUUUUGUAUUACUAAAUAUGAGCCAGCUGGGCCUAAAUCGGCACGCGGUUUAGAGGAAGAAUAUUGCAGAAAAAAUCCACAUGACAAAAAUUAAAAGCAGGGGCCAAAAAACCCUCAUAUUGAGUCAUUUUUUUUUGUUUAGAAUAAAUUUGAUUGUUAUUUUGUGAAUUUAAGUGAAUAACAUUAAUGCUCUUUUAUUUGGAUUCUUAUUUUUUCGAUCAUUUUCAAUAUGUAGUUAUGAUAAAAUUUAAUAUUUUUCAUCGGCCAUCCUUUAUAAUCUAUUCUUAUGACCGUUUUGAAUCCCCUAUAAUCUAACAAAUGAAUUUUUGCCGAAAAAAUAAAAUUCCAAGUUUCAAGGCUAAAUUAUAUAUAUAUAUAUUUUAAAGAACAUAACCCUUACGGUCCUGAAUGAAAUCGAUUAAAUGUGCAUAGGUAAAUAUGUAUGUACAUAAGUAGCUAAACUGAAUAAAUUAUUUGUAUCGUUUGUAAAUACGAACAUUUAUUUCUAUGCGCCUGCAAGCCAAAUAAAAGAAGAAAAAAUUAUAUAUUUACAUGCACGUGUAGGUAUGUAUGUAUGUACAUUAGACCGUACCACCUUACAACCUAACAAACAAAGUUCACCAUACAUCCCUGAGUCCAAAGUAUUUUUUCAAGGUAAUUUGGAUAGGACAAAAUUCGACCAAACAAGGUGAAAAAAAAUUUGGCAAUACAACUUUUUUUUUAAAAAUAGGAAUAAUCUGAAUACUUUCUUAGCAAAAGUUUAAUGAUUUUUGGUAAGCUUUAAUUUACCGCCUCUUUAAGGGGGUAAGAAGUGAGAUCUGGUGGGUAGGCACUAGAACGGGGUACUUGAGGUCAAUGAACUGUGGAAUAAAACAAUUUUCCUCAUUGAGGCAAGAACAUCGAUAUAUCAUACUUUAAAAUCCGACUGUAAAUGCCGAAGAUAUAACGGAAAAGAUAAAAGAAAUUUUCGAAGUUGCCUUGCAAAAAUACUUUAGACUCUGGGCUGUACGGUGAGCUUUUACUCCUGGUACGGUCUAGUGUGUAUAUUACAUAAGUACAUGAGCACAGUUUUAUAUACAUAUAUGCUUGUAUGUUACGUGGACUUUGUAUGUUGCAUAUGCAUAUUUAUCUGUGAUAUAGACAAAAAUCCAUUUUAUAUGUAUGUACAUACAAAGAAACUAAAAAAUUAUAUAACUAGAAUUGAAUUUGUUUUUAAUGAUUUCCUGCUAUUGAAAGUUUACACGCAGAUAAAUAUAUAAAUAUGUAAUUGUAGAAGUAGAACCGAAUGGAGUGUCGAAGAAAAUUGAAGAAGUUAUUUAAUUAAAGUUGGUAAAUAAGUGUAAAUUAUGCAUAAGUAUGGGCAGAUUAAUGUCCAACAUUAUUAUUAGCCAUAGGCCAUAAAUAUAAUUUAAUUAUUUUAGUUAUCGAAAAGUAAUAUAAAUAUUGUAAAAAUUAUAUAUAUCCAAGUUGAAAAAUUUAUGAAUUUCAGUAGGUUGAAGAAGAAACGACGGCUUGGCCUUGCAUUGGCCAACUCGACGGAGUGAAAUCAAAAAUGGUAAUUGUUUUGGUGCAAAACCGAGCUUUUUCUAAAAGAUGGAAUUUUUUCUUUUGUCCUUUCACAUUGAAGAUUAUCUGUGCAUGUUUGUACCUAACAUUAAAACCACGCACUGUAAAUUUAAAGCUUUACUAAUUGGCUAAGUAUUCUUAUUUGACUUAGUUGUGAAGUGCCUCAGAUCAGACUAUCCAAAAAAUCCGAGAGCCAGCCGCGAGAGCGAAUAUGUCGCAACGAGUCAGUCGAAACCAGUUCUCAAAACCCAUCUUUCCAAGUUGUAGCCAUCGGCGUACAAACGAGGUAUCCAGCUGGACGUAUCAAGCUCUCAAGAGGUCCCAGGAGGGAAUUCUACUAUUUAAGGUCCAGUGAGAUUCUAUUUCCAUUAGUAUAACAACACUAUUUUGGACGAAGAAAGACGCAUAAAUUAGUAUAGCGAUUCAACUUUCAAAAGUCCUCAACAAAGCGUUUCUUAAACGAUUCGUUAAUGGUUGAAAUUGUAAGCAAAAGUGGUUUCUGCAAUUUAAAAUCAAAAAUACAUUGAGGUUGUUCACACCUGCCUGGUCAUGUGGUUAUAAUAAUUUUUAACCGGAAAACCUGAUAACCUGGCAAGUGUGAACACCCUCAUUGUGCAACAGUUUCGAAGUUGAGUAUGAUUUCUUCAUGUCUUUUAAACAUUUGACCUACAUCCAUUUGAUUUUUUCGGACUUGUGCGUUCAGUUUUUUUUAUGUAUUUUUUCUCGAUUCUCGGUGCUUUAGUUUUCGGAAUAUAUGCGGAUUUUUUAGGGCUCUUCGCGUGUUUUCGGUUCGUGAAGUCGAAUGUCUAAUUUUAAAGGCAACAUUUUCCCUCUUGUUUUUGCCUUAAAAAUAAAAAUAAAAAAUAAAUAAAAAUAAAACAACUAAACUAAUUAAAUACACACACGUGAAUAUACAUACAUACAUAUGUAUUUAUAUCGAAUAAUCUUAACUAAGUUAUUUGACCUCGAAAAUGAAACACAUAAAAACAACAAAACAUCAAAUAUAACUAUUUAGUACAGUAAGAAAUUUAAUUGCGAUUUUAUUACAUUCGUGCAAAAAAUGCAAAUCAAAAGAUAACACAAAUUGCAUACAAAUGAUGAAUGGCCGAGUGCAUGGGAACUUGUAAAAAGUGUGCAUGACAAAGCGAUGACAAAAAAAACCCAAUUGAUAUUGCCGGCGCAUUGUCGCAACUGUUAAUUUAAAGUUUCAAUUACAUUACAUUUAUCUAGAGAAUCAAUCGGGUCAUUGAGGCCAUCCAACGUCUAUUUGAACUUGAAAUACAUAUAUUUGAAUAGACAUAAAAUCGGAGUAAACCAAAACUGGUUACACGUGCAAUAGUUUAGAGAUAGUAGGUACUAUAGUUUAUAAGAGUAUUUACCUUUCUAUUGAACUUUUUUAUCAAAAUAUCUUAUUUGUUGUCUAAGUAAUUAUUUUCGUGAAAUAAAAAAAAUAAAUAAAUGCAAAUAAUUAAAUAACUGGUCAAGAACGCUCGUUGCAUGCGAAAGACAUAAAGUACAUGCAUAUAUACAUACAUAUUUAUAUAUACAUAUAGGAAAAAUACCUGUAAAUACAUAAGUAUGUAUGUAAAACAUAGUUAAGAAUAAUGUUAUGUUAAACAUAAAUACAAACCCUUAAUAAUAAAAUAUGUAUUUCCAAGUCGC